AUGCUAGAAGUUCGGACAAUGAUCGGUUUUAUCGGAUUAGGGAAUAUGGGUAUAUGUAUGGCGAAAAAUUUAAUGCGAAAAGGUCAGAGGGUUGUGAAAUUUGGCGCUGAAAUUGCUAAAGACCCAAGUGAUAUUGCUUUGAAAUGUCAGAGAUUGAUAACGAUGCUUCCCAAUAGUUCACACGUUAUGGAAGUAUUUACAGCAGAUAAUGGCAUUUUGAGGACGAUGAAACCGGGCACUUUAUGCAUCGAUAGUUCAACAAUUGAUCAAAAUGUUUCCAUUGAAAUUGCUAGUUUGGUUAAUGCAAAAGGUGGACAUUAUAUGGAUGCUCCGGUUAGUGGUGGAGUGAUUGGUGCAGAAAAAGGAACUUUAGCAUUUAUGGUCGGCGGUGAAGAACGAUUUUUCGAUAACACCUUGGAACUUCUCAAAUUAAUGGGUCAAAACAUCAUUUAUUGUGGCAAGACUGGUAAUGGACAAGCAGCGAAAAUUUGCAAUAAUAUGCUUUUGGCCAUUGAAAUGAUCGGUGUUGCUGAAGCCAUGAAUCUUGGAAUUAAAAUGGGUUUGGAUGCAAAAAGAUUAGCUUCAAUAAUCAAUUCAAGUUCUGGUAGAUGUUGGAGUUCGGAUACUUAUAACCCUGUUCCGAAUAUAUUAGAAGGAAUACCGUCUUCAAAUAAUUAUUUAGGCGGAUUCAAAGUUUCGCUUAUGGCUAAGGAUUUGGGUUUAGCACAGAAUGCUUCGACAGCAACUCAGACUCCAAUCCCACUUGGUUCUGCAGCACAUCAGAUUUAUCGAAUUUUGGCAAAAACGUCCGAGUAUAAAAGGCUCGAUUUUGCAGUUGUUUACCAGUAUUUAAAAGACAAUUGA